AUGGACCAUGCUGUGGUAGUAAUGGAACAACAAAAUCGAGAACCAGCACAACAGCCAUCGACAAAUAACCCAAGUGAUCCAUCAAAUAAACAUCCAGAUGCAAAUGUAACCAUUAUUACUUCAGCAGCACCACCAGGCCAAAGCUCUUCUACGCCUGUCGGACCGGGUGACACAGAGCAAAGCCCAGCUGUAAAGCCAAAUUAA